AUUGGAGUUGCUGCAAGUGCACCUGCUACGAAGCGCUUUAGCAGUUAUAAAACUUCUCUUCUCUUUUCUCUUCCUCACCACCAGUCCUUGCCAAAUCUCACUCCAGGAAUCCGAAGUCAAACCCAGCCACAAUGUCGACUUCACACCACAACAUCAACGAGAAGCCAGCUCAGACGCCCGACCACAACAUCAAUUACCGAGCUCCUGGCAUUUCCUACUUCACACCUCUACAGGAUCCUCCGGCUGGUACAGCACUGCUCGUGGAGGACCAGAAAGAUGUGCCGAAGCUUUUCAAGCCGUUGAAGCUGCGUGGCAUGACAUUGCAAAACCGCAUUAUGCUCAGUCCACUUUGCCAGUACAGUGCCGAAGAUGGACACUACACUAUGUGGCACAAGACACAUAUCGGCGGUAUCGUUCAGCGUGGUCCAGGUCUGACAUGUAUCGAAGCAACCGGCGUACAAGCACGAGGCAGAAUCACGCCAGAAGAUGUUGGACUCUGGAAAGACAGCCAAAUCGCUCCAAUGCAAGAUGUGGUCGAGUUCGCUCAUAGCCAGAAUCAGCACAUCAUGAUCCAGCUUGCCCACGCUGGACGAAAGGCAAGCACAGUCGCUCCAUGGCUCAGUUCCGGAGACAUUGCCGGGAAGGACGUGAAUGGCUGGCCAGACGAUGUGAUUGCUCCAUCUGCAAUCCCGUGGAACGAGAAGCAUGCCCAACCAAAAGAAAUGACUUUGCAGGACAUCGCAGACUUGAAGAAGGAUUUCAACGAUGCUGUUAAGCGUGCCUUGAAAGCUGGUUUCGAUGCUAUUGAGAUUCACAACGCUCACGGAUAUCUACUCCACUCUUUCCUCAGCCCUGUCAGCAACCAGAGAACAGACCAAUACGGCGGCAGCUUCGAGAACAGAAUCCGUCUAACACUGGAGAUUGUCGAAGAGACUCGUGCCACGAUUCCAAAGGAUAUGCCUCUCUUCCUCCGCAUUUCGGCGACAGAUUGGCUCGAGGAGCAAAAGGACGAAUUUCCCGAAUCUUGGACCGGAGACGAUACUGUCAAGCUGGCUCCUCUGCUCGCCGAACGUGGCGUUGAUCUCCUGGACUGCUCUACGGGUGGCAACCAUCCAAAGCAACACCCUCAUGUCAAGCCGGCGUACCAGGCUCCGUUCGCAAUCAAGGUGAAGCAAGCUGUGGGAGACAAGAUGGCCGUCGGCUCAGUCGGCGCGAUUGAAUCUGCCGAGCUUGCGAACUCUUUGCUUAAGAAGGACAAUCUGGACCUCGUAAUCGUGGGACGAGGAUUCCAGAAGAAUCCUGGCUUGGUGUUCAAGUGGGGAGACGAUCUUGGCCUACAUGUCAAUAUGCCGAACCAGAUUCGCUGGGGAUUUGGUGGACGCGGGAAACGCGCAGGCAAACCGGUGACAGAGGUGAAGGAGCUGUAUGAUGUGUUCCCAGGCACGAAGUAGACGGUUCUUGGUUCAUGAUAUGCAUGAUUGACUUCAUGAGAUGAUGAAGAUAUGAUAGAAAAAGACACAUAUACAAUCGACUACCAGAGUAGACC